CUGCUGCCUGCUUGUGCAGCAGCUGAGGAACCGUGGAUUUCAUAUUAUAGACUAAAACCCCAGUGAAACUGCUCAAAAAAAUCUUUCCUGCAGCUGCCACACAGCAAAGAAAGAAGAGAGGUAAAACCUAUUCUUUUCCAACACAACUGAAGCGCUAGAUUCUAGCUCUGCUGCUUUACACUGCAGCUCAGUGUUAAUACUAGAAAUAUGGAUACUGAGAAGAGAAUACAGCACUGCAUUGUCCAGCCAGGAAAACAGCAGAUGUAAAAAGCUUCAAUGCAUCAACUGUCGGAAAGAGUCAACAGGGCUCCAAAUACAACGGACAACUACAGCUCUUUUGUUUAACAAAAGAGAGAAUGAAAGAAAGGGGAAAUCUCAGAAGACUAGGACCCAUAUGAACAAGGAGGGUAACUUGAAGACAAGCAGACAGAUGGACACUUUGGAUACUGUGAAAAGCAAUCGCAGAAGGCAGACUGUUGGGGGAUGUGCGCAUGUUCGAUAGCAUCUUUUUGCUGAAGUGAUGGCGUGCCAAAAGUAUUUUCAGUGGGCAUAAUCCUCUCCACAUAAAUGGCCUGACCGAGGAAGGAUGACUGCACGGGACACAACGUGACUGAAUUAGAAAAUGAAUACCAAAGAAUAGUAUUGAUUUCAGAGAAGAAAACAGUAUCUCCGGCUGCCAAUAACUCCUACACCAUCACUGGAUAUUUACAACAUGCUUCAGUGGAGAAGAAGGCACUGCUGCUUUGCAAAGAUGACCUGGAAUGCCAAGAGGUCUCUGUUCCGUACUCAUCUUAUUGGUGUACUUUCUCUAGUGUUUCUUUUUGCUGUGUUUCUAUUUUUCAAUCAUCAUGACUGGCUACCAGGUAAAGCUGGAUUCAAAGAAAACCCUGUGACAUAUACUUUCCGAGGAUUUCGUUCUACAAAAAGUGAAACAAACCACAGCUCCCUUCGGAACAUUUGGAAAGACACAGUCCCUCAAACUCUGAGGCCCCAAACAGCAACUAACUCCAAUAACACAGACCUGUCACCACAAGGAGUUACAGGGCUAGAGAACACACUUAGUGCCAAUGGAAGUAUUUACAGUGAAAAAGGUACUGGACAUUCAAAUUCUUACCAUUUCAAAUAUAUUAUCAAUGAGCCUGAAAAAUGCCAGGAGAAAAGUCCUUUUUUAAUACUACUAAUAGCAGCAGAACCUGGACAAAUAGAAGCUAGAAGAGCUAUUCGGCAAACUUGGGGCAAUGAAAGUCUAGCACCUGGUAUCCAAAUCACACGAAUUUUUUUGUUGGGCUUAAGUAUUAAGCUAAACGGCUACCUUCAACGUGCAAUACUGGAAGAAAGCAGACAAUACCAUGAUAUAAUUCAACAGGAAUACUUAGAUACGUACUACAAUCUGACCAUUAAGACACUUAUGGGUAUGAACUGGGUUGCAACGUACUGUCCACAUGUUCCAUAUGUUAUGAAAACAGACAGUGACAUGUUUGUCAACACUGAAUAUUUAAUACAUAAGUUACUGAAGCCAGACCUGCCUCCUAGACAUAACUAUUUUACUGGUUACCUAAUGAGAGGAUAUGCGCCCAAUCGAAACAAAGAUAGUAAGUGGUACAUGCCUCCAGACCUCUACCCAAGUGAGCGUUACCCUGUAUUCUGUUCUGGAACUGGUUAUGUUUUUUCUGGAGACCUGGCAGAAAAGAUAUUCAAAGUUUCUUUAGGUAUUCGUCGUUUGCAUUUGGAAGAUGUGUAUGUAGGGAUCUGUCUUGCCAAGUUAAGAAUUGAUCCUGUGCCCCCUCCCAAUGAGUUUGUGUUCAAUCACUGGCGAGUUUCUUAUUCAAGCUGUAAAUACAGCCACCUAAUUACCUCUCAUCAGUUCCAGCCUAGCGAACUGAUAAAAUACUGGAACCAUUUACAACAAAAUAAGCACAAUGCCUGUGCCAACGCAGCAAAGGAAAAAGCAGGCAGGUAUCGUCAUCGUAAACUACACUAAAAAAGACAAUUUUUUUCAAGUGUGCAAUCUGUAAAUAUUGCUAAAAGCAUGUAUAGUUAAAACUACCCAUAAGUACAAGUUUUAGUUAAAACUCAUCACAUAAAGGAAUUCAAAAAGUAUUUUUUUAAUUUCUUAAGAAACUAAUUCUUAAAACUACAUAAUCAUAUGACAAAAGAUACCCCAAAAGAAUCUAUAAAAAACUGUGUAAGGGGAUUCUGUGUAUUAACAUGCAACAACACGCAUGCAUACAUCAAUGGUUUAAGUUAUGUUUGGGGCUAAUAAAACGUUUCUGCAUAUAUUUUCCACAUAAAUUUUAAUUUAAAAAAUGAGGACAGUAAAAAGAUCCUCCAUUUAAGGUUUAGCUUUUCAUUUCAAUACACAAUUAAAUGUAAGUAAAACAUUGCCAUUAAUUUUAAGGAAACUUUGUAUAAUUGUGCAAAGGAAAAUUUUUCUGACCUGACAAUUCUAGGGUUCUAAAACUUAUAUUCCAUGCAAUAAGAUUUAGUUGAGUUAUUCCAUAACGUUCAGAUGUUUCAUCAAUGCAGUUCUCAUCUAAGUAUUUACUUUUAAAAAUAAUUGAGAUUUCUUUUAAUACUCACAUAUAGAGGGAAAUUAUUUUGACACAAUGUGAUAAAAUGUGAAAAAUUAAUGUGUCUCAGGCUCAAGUUUUUAUAAAAACAAGUUAUUAAAUGUUUCAAAGUGGAUAAAUUUUUGUUUCCUCAUUGGUGUUAAGGGUCAACCUAGUAUUUCAAUGAGUUAUUUGAUUAAUUAAAUACUGUACUCUUGAAGAAUAACACCAUUUAAGUACAUCUGAUUUCAAGUAUAUAUGUAAAAAUAAAUCAUAUUCCUCUAACUGAAGCAAAAGUAACCACUUAUAGGCAUAAAGAGGAUGUACUGAUGAAAAAAGGAUGAAGGAUAAAGAAUAUGGCAGCAAUGUCAUUCAAUACAUUUUUAAAAUGUGUGUCUACCAGACUGCAACAUAUAAGUUUAUUUCUUGACAGGUGUACACAUUCUAAUACUUAAUUGUUUUAUGGCACAAAUUUCUUCCUCUGAGUCCCAAGUUUACAAACUUGGAGUUUUUAAUUUGGUAGAUGACAACUAUUCUUCAUCACCAAUUAAAAACCUCUUGGGGAGGGAUGGGGGGAACCAUAAAUGUUUGAUGAACACUUGAUUCUAGGAUGAACAAUGUAUACAAUGCACUUUUAUCAAGUUUUUUAAUAAAAAUAGUAAACAAAACUUUCACAGAGUGAUAUAAGUAUUUUCACAGUAAUUUUGUUUGGCUCUAUCAUAAAUUUUAAAAUCAAGAAGUACUAACCUCUAACUUUAAAAUAGUGUUUUUACUCCGUAGUUGUACUAAUUUGUCAGUCUUAGGAUGUUUCUUCUAUGGAUUCUAAUAACAAUCAUUCAUAUCCCUGAUCCUACUAGGAAGGAUAAAUCACCAGAGUAGAACUAUAAUAUCUAUUAUAGUUCAGAAUCACAAAAACAGUUUACUUAUUAAUUAGUAUGUUAGAUUCUAUUUACAUUCAAUGUAUCUACCAUGUGCAAAUCAAUAGCCUAAGUGUUCAAUACUACAUCAAGUAAUUGUGAAAAAGAACUGUGUAACACCCCCCCCACCCCCAGGUCUGGGUUCAACUCUAUUUUUCGCUUAAUUUAUUCUCUAAGAUUGCAGAAUGACCAAAAUUCUAAAUAAAAGUCACAUUUAAGAAGAAAUCUCCAGAGUAGUAUAAUCAAAUACAAAAGGAAUUUUUCCAUCAGUGCAGUCAUUCCUCUGAUUUAUACCUCAAAAGUUAAAAAAAGGGAAAAAUGUGUGUAUUUACAUAAAUGUAAAUACAAACAGAACCCACGUGCUAUUUGUCCAAAUUAUAAUUAAUGCAGAGGAUCUUUAAGCAAUAGUUAUUUUUCUUCUAGAAUAGGCCAGGCUCAUAAAAUAACUUAGGAAAAACAAUUCUUAACGGAAUCGACAGACAUCUGAACUCCUUCUAUCUCAGGUAUCAAUUUAAAAUCAUUUCUAUACUCUUAAUAAUUCUAUCUUGAAAAAUGAUAAUCUGAUGAUGACAUUGAGACCUCAAAGGAACUGGACCAAAUGGUGAAGUUUAUUAAUAAUGUUGAAAAUCCUUAUUUUAAAAUAAAUAUCCUACUAUUAAUUUGUUUUGACCUUUGGUUUCAACAAUAUGCAUGUUGAUUUCUUG